GAGGGUACACUUAAAAAUAGAAACAAAAAAAAGAAAAGGACAGCUGAAGAAGAAAGGUUAGUCCUUUCUUGUUUUCUGUGUUCUUACGAGAGACAAACCAGGGAUUUUUGAAAAAAAUUCAGAGAAAUAGUGAACCAGAAGCUAAAAUUACUGAUACCCAAUUUGUGGAAUUCGAAAUCUACAGCGAAAACGAAGCAAAAAAAUUGAGCUUUUGAAGUUUCAAAUUGGAGACAAAGUUAGGGUUUUUUUUCUGUAUUCAGGUGGAGGUUGCUGGAUAUUCCUUUUCUUUAUCUUUUUCAGAUAUCAUGCAAGGGGUAGAUGUUACAAGAAUCACUUUACAUCUUGGAAGUCCUGAUUUGUGAGUUACUAUUACAUUAUGAAACUCGAGGACUUCUUUACCUUGACUGAGAUGAGUAAUGGGCUCACAACUCCUUCUCGAGUCCAGGAUCUAGUCUCCAUAAUGCAGAAGGAAAGAGAGUGUGAUGUCAAGAAUGCUGGUGAAACAACAAAGCAGUGGUCUGCUGUUGCAAGCACGAUAGCUGCAACUGAGAAUAAAGAAUGUCUUGAACUCUUUAUCCAGCUAGAUGGACUCAGCUUUAUUCAGAGUUGGUUACGGGAUGCUCUAAGAUUUGGAAAUGAGACAGGUGAGUACUUUGUAGAUGAAUCAAUUAGUCAUUUGAUUGAUCUUUUACUGCGAGCUGUUGAAAGGCUGCAUGUAGAUGAUAAGAAGUCUGUAUCUUCUGGAAUCUGGCUGACUGUGAAGAGCCUCCUUGGCCACAAUAAUUCUAAGGUGCAAGAGAGGGCUAAGACAUUAUUUGAUAGUUGGAAUAAAGGGAAAGACGACUGUAUGGUUUCAGUGGGUAUUGAAAAAGUACAAGCAUCUAUUGAUGAUAAAACAAGAGAUACUGCGAAUCUCGUUGGGGAAAAUGGGCUGUCUGAACCGUCGUCUGUGGAAGGAGGUUCUGGAGAAGAAAAGACCAAGGAACAUGUUGGCAAUAGUAAGAUACUGUCUUCAAGGUCUGAUAUCCAUCAAUCUAGGGUUGGAGAUACCGCAACAUCCGACCAAAAUUUAGAGCAUACACACAUGAAGGAUGCGUUUCCAGGCUCUUCUUUGUCAAAUUCGGUUACUGAAGGUCACAAGGUUGAACACCCGACACAUCAGGCAGAGUGUGCCACCAAUGCUAUUGAUACGUCAAAUACGUGCACUUCUAUAGUAUUGAGACCUGGUCCUGCUGAUGAACAGACAGAUGUUCCUGUUUCAGAUUCAAUUAAUCACUUAAGUCACAUUAAAGAAGUCGGAAGUUCUGAGAAAUUCAACUCCGCAGUGUCUAAAUCAUUGGAAGACAGAACUAUUUCUUUAGUUACUGAUAUCAGAGAAGCUUUGGAUGCUAUUGCUGGAUCAGAUUUACAAAAACAAACUGAUGUCUACAACGAAAAGAGUUGUAGCGGAAAUUCUACUUUUGGUGAUGUCUCAGUGGCUGUUCCCGAGGGAAAGACACCGGUGGAUGAUAGCAGACCUGAAAAUCAUGGCAGCAGCAAGAUAGUGCUUGAAGCUACAGAAAACAGAAAGUGCAACAAUGACAUAUUGCAGGACUCCGACAAGCAUAAUCUGGAACAUCCCGUAGAUUCUGUUGUUGAUCAGGCUGACAAACACACUAGCGACAACAGUGAGGACAAACACACUAGUGACAACAGUGAGGAUGAUAUGGAAAAUGAAAGUGAAUUUCAAGAAGCAGGAAAAGGAGGUAGAGACCAUGGUGUGUUUGGCAAGAAAAGUGAUAUUGAUUUUGACUAUGGCAUCAUGGAUCCUUUAGAAUUAGCUAGACAAGUUGCAAUAGAAGUGGAGAGGGAAGUUCAGAGUUGCAGUUCUUCUGAGAAAAUAGAGGAGAGUAAAGUUCAUGAGCCUGGUAGCCCAGAUUCUAGUAGUGCAAAACAACGCCAAAAAAGGUUCGAGUGCUCUAACAAGGAAGUAUCAAGAGGAAUGGCUCCUUCGACUGAAGCUUCACUUGCAAACUCAGAAGCUAGACCAAUCAAUGGAACUGUGAAGGUGGAAUCUUCUCAGGUUGUUGAUGCCACUUUGGAUCUUGAAACCAACGUCGACAAAGUUCUGUGCACUUUUGAUCUGAAUCUAGAGGUUUGCUCAGAUGAUAUAGAUUGCCCAGGAAAUCCAAUCUCCAGUUCUGUCUCUGUUGUUUCUGCUUCAAGGGCUGCAGCUGCCUCUGGAGUACCUGCUACUCCCUUACAGUUUGAAGGAACUCUUGGAUGGAAAGGAUCCGCUGCAACAAGUGCUUUUCGGCCUGCAUCACCUCGCCGGAUUCCUGGAGGUGAGAAGGCUGUUUCCUCUGGCGGGAAUGCCAGCAGCUCAAAGCAAAUGCAAUGUUUCCAUGAUAUUGAUCUGAAUGUAUCUGAAGGUGGAGAUGAUAGGGUUGCAGACCUUUUUCCUGAAAAGAAAGUUUCACUAUCAUCUGCUCUUCCUCUAGGGAAAUCUUCUCGUGAAGCCAGUCCAAGAAAAUCGGAAAUGUUAGAGUGGGAUCUUAACUGUGCAAGUGAGGAGGGUGAGGCACCAUCUGAUUGGCGGAUGGAGGGAUCACUCUUGUCUCUGAGGAAUGGUCAUCCGAGCCAGUCACCUUCAUCAUCAUCAUCAUCAAAGCAGCCUUCAUUAAGGAACUUUGAUCUAAAUGACCAGUCAUCUUUUCUCAAUGAUUUCUCAAAUCUGAACAACUUCAAGAAACCACCUCAGAAUUCUAAUGCAUCUGGUGGAAUAAAAUCAGGUGAUACUGUUGUGUCCAUCAUGGGCGUGAAGGUAGAGGUCAACCGUAAAGAUUAUGCUGCUCAGUCUUUUCCUUUUCCAAAUGGUAGGGUAGCGGAAAACGCUGUUGAGCAUAAUGUUGCAAGAGGUGGAGGAGUUUUAGGAAUGGGAUCUCCAUUUCAAUAUACCCCUCUUCCUGCUUUUGGUUACAGUGGCAUUGCUCCAGUUCCUCCCAUGGCUUUCUCCUCAUCAAUGUAUGGACCCAGUGGUCAUAUUCCUUACAUGGUGGAUUCCAGGGGGGCUCCUGUUGUACCUCAAAUUGGCGGAUCUGCUUCAGCAAUACCACCAUCUUUCUCCCAACAAUCAUUCAUUUUAAACAUGGGAAGUGCACCUGUUCCCAACGGAGUUUGGCCAUCACGAAGUGGUCUGGAUCUCGACACUGGCUUAGUACUUGAUCGUGGGAAUAAAGACACCGGAGGUCUGAGGCAGCUUUUUGAUCAAGGACAAGCUAGAACGAUGGAUGAACACUUCAGGAUGAACAUGCAACCCUCAACCAGUUUGAGUAUCGGUGGGAAACGCAAAGAACCAGAUGAUGGCUGGGAACCUUCCCCUUUCAAACAUCAUCCACCACCAUGGAAGUAAACUUCAAUUUGUUAUCCCAGUCGUUAAAUCAUUUACCGGCCAGUGUCUUGUAGCAGUAGGUAAAUUAAAGGUAGAAGGAGGGGGUCUAUAUUGAUUUAAACUGGGAGGGAGGCACAAUAUAGUUGAAUAAAGACAAUUUCUGAAUGUAAUAUGAUUCUUGACAUUACUUUAAGAAUAGGUGCAAAAGUUUACUUGUUCAGCAUGUUUCUAACUUGUUUAUUCUGGGCCUUCUGGUCACAUUUCUUAGGUAUUUGCUACUAAGCAAGCUUA